GGCCCGCAACGAGCUGUGGAACCACCAGCAGAAGGUCCGGUCCUCUGCUCCGGCGCCACGAGGCGCAGAGGAGCCGUACCGGGGAGGCCUUCGCGACGCACCGCCGCUGCCGGACUCCAGGAAGAGAGGUGCCGACCUCUCCUCCCUGGGCCGGCGCAGGGAGCUGGUGGACCUGUCGCCGGUGCCGGAGUCCAAGACGAGAGGCGCAGGCGCCGAGCCCUCGACCGGAAGGCGCAGGGGGUUGAGAGACGCCUCGCCGUUGCCGGACUCGAGGGCGCAAGGCGACGCGCACGAGCGGCGUCGAAGAAGAAGAGAAGACGACGAGUGGGAGGACCAGGCCGCCAGGAGCUCCCGGAGACCGGAGGAUGGCGGCGACUUCUGCUGGCGCGAGAGGAGGGCCGAGAAGCGGCUCGUGGCCGUGCUGAAGCCCGGGCCGAAGGUGGAGAGGUCCACGGAGGACCGCAGAAGAGAGGCCCGCAGCCGGUCCGGCGCGCCGGACCGCAGGAGGGCGGCGCGCAGCCGGUCCGGCGCGCAGGACCGGAGGCGGCCAGAGCGCGAGGAGAGAAGGGACCGAAGAGAGGCCGACAGGCCGCCGAGAGGGUCCAGGUCCCGGUCGCGCGGGCAGCGUCGCCAGGAGCGUCCCCGCCCCCCGGCGGCGGGCGGAGGCGACGAGGGAGAAGACGGCGGUGUGCAGUGCUACGUGGACGAGUUCCGCGGCACGUAUAAGGCGGUUGCCGGGAUCGGCACGACGUCCGUGAAGGGGCCCCCGAGAAGAUCGAGGGAGCAGGCAGAGGCCGACGUGGCGCUGCUGCGGCCGGCGCGGCUGCAGGGCUUCGGCACCCUGCGGGCCAUCCGCGACGCGCUCUUCACCAUGCAGCCGGGCUUCACGCCCUCGGAGGCCGAGG